AUGGUGCUAGAACUCCACGUAUGGGGUCCCGCAUUCGGCCUCGCCUCGAUAGAGGCCGAAUGCAUAGCCACCAUAGCAUACUGUCAUCGCGUCAUUCCAGAGGGGGAAUGGUCCUUGGUCGCCAGCCAUAAUCCAACAGUCGGAACAGCAGAAACACUACCGAUCCUCUUUGACGACGGCGUUGCAACGGCAUCCGGAUUUGAAGACAUUGUCGCCUAUCUUCGCAACUACCCCACAGUCACCAACGACAUAGAUGCUGGCCUCUCAAGCGCCCAGCGGACUGACCGGACUGCGUUCGGGACCUUUCUCCAGGCAACAGCAACGCCGCUCGUCGAUCUCUCCCUCUACGUUUCCGCCGAAAACUACAAUAAGACUACCUCGUCCGCAUACACGGCCAUUCUACCAUGGUACGCAAACUACACGGUUCCGCCCAGACGCCGAGACCUGGCCCGGAUGAGGACGGCACACAUGGGACUGAGCAGUCUGGACGUGGAUACUUCGGCUGAGGAAGAAUUUGCGCCUGGCCGGGGGACUGCAUCCUCAGAAUACGAGGCAGCCAAACGGGCAGCUGGCAUACCUACUGAGAGCCAGCCCAGGUCUCUAAACAUAGGACGUGGCAGGGGCUUGGGUGGCCUUUUGGGUGGCCAGGUGUAUGCUGCCCGCUUCAAACUCGACGCUCUUUCGGCCGAACUGCUGGACCCAUUGUCAGAUCUGCUGGGUAAGAACAAGUACCUGUUCCGGGGAGACCAGCCCUCGAGUUUGGACUGCUUGGCGUUCGGGUACCUGUCUCUCCUCAUAUAUCCCCCGGUACCCCAGGCUUGGCUCAGGGAGACGAUUCGGGCAAAGUACCCGCGUAUAGGGGCGUACGUUCACAGACUACAUAGAGAUCUCUUUCACGAGGAGGAGGUCAGCCCUGCUGACAUCUGGGCUGUCUCAGCCGGCAAAUCCAACAUUGCUACCAGCACAACACUGCCGUGGACCACAAGACCAGCAAGUUUCGGAGCAAGUGCCAUGGCCUGCACAAAGGAGAUUCUGGGAAACCUGCCCGGCAUUGCUACAUUGUCGCAAAAACGUACCAUUGCCACGUCAGAACCGAUGGCAGUUUCAAAACGUGUUCGAUCAGAGCUACCAUCUCGAUUGUUUCUCAGCAGCGUAUUUGGUUCCCGCGCGCCUACGGCGUCGCAGAUCCAGAACCCUCCGCCUCCAGCGUCCUCGACCAAGAGUGGGCGCUUCUUUGGCAAGGCCAAUAUCGGCCACACCUUCCGGCACAAGUCCGCCGGCGCCUUCGGCCCCGAUCUUGCCAAGAAGCUCUCACAACUCGUCAAGAUGGAGAAGAACGUUAUGCGCAGCAUGGAGCUGGUUUCGAGGGAGCGCAUGGAAGUUGCACAACAACUCUCCAUCUGGGGCGAGGCUUGUGACGACGAUGUUUCUGAUGUCACUGAUAAGCUCGGUGUUCUCAUCUACGAAAUCGGUGAGCUCGAGGACCAGUAUGUAGACCGCUACGACCAGUACCGUGUCACCAUCAAGAGCAUUCGCAACAUUGAGGCCUCUGUUCAGCCCAGCCGUGAUCGCAAGCAGAAGAUUACCGACCAGAUUGCUCAGCUGAAGUACAAGGAGCCCAACUCUCCCAAGAUUGUUGUCCUUGAGCAAGAGCUUGUCCGCGCCGAGGCCGAAUCCCUGGUCGCCGAAGCUCAGCUUUCCAACAUUACCCGUGAGAAGCUCAAGGCAGCUUUUACAUAUCAAUUCGAUGCCAUGCGGGAACAUUGCGAGAAGCUUGCAAUCAUUGCUGGCUACGGCAAGCACCUUCUUGAGUUGGUCGAUGAUACCCCAGUAACUCCCGGCGAGACCCGCCAGGCCUACGAUGGCUACGAGGCUAGCAAGGCUAUUAUUCAAGACUGCGAGGACGCUCUUACCAACUGGGUCUCCCAGAACGCCUCUGUUUCUGCCAAGCUCUCUCAGCGAUCCCGGACUCUUUCCCAGCGCCGCCGCAACCAGAGCCGUGGCCACGGUGAGGGCGUCGAUCUCUCUGGACAAGAUCAAGCCCUUGAUCGCGAGUCUGGUCUAUGGAUCCCUGCCUCUGAGCACCAAGGUAACGGCUACGAGGACCGCGACGAGCUUGACGAUGAAAACAGGUCCACGAUUGCCAGCGAGCACCAUCGCGGCCGGGAAGAGGAGAGAAUGGUGGCUGCUUAA